AUGAGUACUCAAAAACAAACACUUUUUGAUGUUUAUGGAGAUAAAGGGCUUCCGGCAGAUUUAAUAACAAUUAAUGUUAUUCGAAUAGCUAUUGCUACUAUUGGGAUAUUUUUAAAUGCUGCCGUUGUUUAUGUGACUGUUAAGUGCAAAACAUUAAAAUCCCCUUGCCAUUUUUUACUUGCUUUUGAAUGCUUUUCGAAUGCCGUUUUUCAAAUCCACAGCUGGCUAUCCAUAACCGUUAUUUUUAACUCUGGACAUCAAUUUAUAAAUAUGAAAUUUUGUUGUAAACAAUUAAUUUUGGUAUUUGUUGUUGGAUUUACAACUUCUUUUACAGCAGCAUUACUCGUUUCUUUUGAUAGACUUUUAAGUGUUUUAUUCCCAUUAUGGUAUUUACAAAGAAUUGUGAAAAGAACAUUUUAUUUAAUUCCAAUGAUUUGUACAUUAUUUAUUUGCCCAGCAAUUAUUAUAUGGGCUAUUUAUCAGAUAGUUAAUACAAUGCCUGAAACUUCACAAAUUAUUUGUGCUCCACAUGAAUGUACUGUGGGAUGGGCAGGCGAUUUAUCUUAUUUUAUCUUUUCUGUAAUUAAUUUCCUUACUUUGGUUAAUUAUAUUAUUGUUUGGAUUGCUCUUAAAUGGCAUGCUAAUAAAAAUCAGAAUCAAGGUGUGGUAGUUUUUUCUUUCAAAUUUAGUAUUAAGCGAUUCCUCUCAUCGAGCUAA